GACCUGGGGCCCAGAGAAGGGAAACAGCGGGAGGCGGGCCGGUCACGUGACCAGUGGGAAGUCAGGGCUCUGCUCACUUCCGGUUCCUUGACUGUUACCAUGGAGACCGAGAGUUUACACUGGGAGGUACACGGACUGCAGCGCGAGGGCACAGACAUGAGCGCCGGCAGUAGUGAUGUGCGAGUGUUUGUCCGCAUUAGGCCGACCCCUCAUUUUGCUCAAGAAAUUAUCCGUCUCGGUGAGGACAAUAAGCUCGUAGACGUUCACCUCCGGAAGGACGAGAAGCUGGGAGUCGUCAAUAACAAGCGAUAUGAUUGGUCAUUUAAAGUGGACGGGAUUCUUCACAAUGCGACACAGGCCGCGGUGUACGACAUGGUGGCCAAGUCCGUUGUGUCACAAGCGUUACAGGGCUAUAAUGGUACCAUCAUGUGCUACGGGCAGACAGGAGCGGGGAAGACGCACACCAUCACCGGGGCCACCGAGAACUACAAGAACCGCGGGAUCAUCCCCAGAGCUCUGCAGCAGGUAUAUAAAGAGAUUGCUGAGCAGACUGACUGCACUGUCACCGUGAGGAUCUCGUACCUGGAGAUCUACAAUGAGACGCUGCUCGACCUCCUGUCCUCCAUGCCGGACGUCCCUGCCUCUGACACCCAGAUGACCAUAGUGGAUGACCCCCAUGGGGUGUUUGUCAAAGGCUUAUCUCUCCAUCAGGCUGCAGGCGAGGAGCACGCCCUGAACCUGCUGUUUGAGGGCGAGACAAACCGAAUCAUCGGGUCACACACCCUGAACAAGAACUCCUCCAGAUCACAUUGUAUUUUUACCAUUCAUCUAGAGUCUCAUUCCAGAACUUUAUCCAACGCAAAAUACACGGUGGUGAAAAUUAACCUGGUGGACCUGGCCGGUUCGGAGAGAGUCGGCAAAACUGGGUCUGCAGGACAAGUCCUGAAAGAAGCCACUUACAUCAACAAGUCGCUGUCCUUCCUGGAGCAGACCGUCAUCGCCCUCGCCGACCACCGCGACCACGUUCCUUUCAGGCAGAGUAAACUCACCCACGCCCUCAAGGACUCCAUAGGAGGGAAUUGCAACACGGUCCUUGUGGCUAAUAUCUACGGCGAGGCGGCUCAGAUCGACGAGACGCUGUCCACGCUCCGAUUUGGCAGCAGGAUGAAAUGUAUCCCGGCCGAAUCGAUUGUCGUGGAGCGCUAUGACCCUGUGCGAGUGAGUAAGAACCUGCAGAGAGAGAUCGAUCACCUGAGGCGGGAGCUGACCCUCCACGAUACCCUGACUAAACGCCCUUCCGCCAACUAUGAACCGUUCACUGACAACCAGAUCGCAGAGAUCAACUCGCAAGUCUGCAGAUAUCUAGACGGAAACCUGGAUGAGAUCGAUAUCCUAAACCUCCGGCAGAUCCAGGAAGUCUUCUCCCAGUUCAAGAUGAUUUUAAACCGACAGGAGCAGGAGGUGGAGGCUCGGCUGAGGGAGAAAUACACGCUGAUUGAUAAGAACAACUACACAGCAAUCAGCACCGCGCAGAAGGCCGGCGUGCUGGACCCAGAUGGGAAGCUGGUUGGGGAGGUGGACGGGAGCAGUUUCGGCAUCGGAGUGGCUCCAUUUUCUUCCAAAUCAAAUCGAUCCCUGUCCGCAAGGAAAUCCAAAGGGCGGAAGUCGAAGGAUCUGUCCAGCCCCACUGGUCGCAGGGACGGAGCGGCGAGCCCUGCCAUCGGGAAGGAUCUAGAGGCCGCCUCACCGUCCAAAACCAUGAUGUCCAUGUCCUUCCGGGAGCUUGAUGUGAGGGAAUCAGCAAUCAAAGAACAGCAGGAGAACGUGACUAUGGACACCCAACGGUCAGAGAUGGCGGCAAAGGAGGAGACGAGCCGCCCUGGGACUCCUCCCCCCAAAGCUUCAGCAUUUGAGGAGUUUAAAGCGGAAAGAGGCAGCGAACUGAACCGAAUCUUUAAGGAGAAUAAGUCCACCCUGGCCGAGCAGGGGAGGAAGCUGAAGGAGGUCACUCAGAGGAUCAACCUGAUCAAGAAGGAGAUUGACACCACCACCCAGAACCUCAACCUGGCCAAACUGGAGCGGGAGAAGCAAGGUGAAUACAUCAGUGAUGAGGGACAGGUCAUCAUUGACGAGCAUGAGUUCGGACUGAUCUGCAGGCUCAAGGACUUGAAGAAGCAGUACCGGGCGGACUACGACGAGCUGCAAGACCUGAAGGCCGAGGUGCAGUACUGCCAGAAGCUAGUGGACCAGUGCCGGCAGCGGCUGCUUACAGAGUUUGAGGCUUGGUAUAACGAGUCGUUUGUCAUCCCGGAGGAGAAUUCCGUGAAAUUGGCCGGGCCCCUGAGAUCCUGGAUGAUCCCUGUGAAUAAGCUGCUGUCAUUGGGUGAAGACGACCAGGAGAGAUAUGAUAAACUUCAGCAGGAGUUAUUAAUGGAGGCGCCGGGGUCCCUCCCGUUCAACAAUGCCAGAAUCCAGUCCGACCGUAAGCACAAUUCCAGCCGCGGCCAGGCCCAGCUCCCACCGACCAAGAAGAGACCGGGGAUAAUCACCAGCAGCGUGAAAAACAAACCCCCCUCCGUGCUGACAGCGGUGUGAAGCUGCAAGCCCCGCCCCUGAGGAGCCGCGACAGCAGCUCUAUCAGCAGAGGGCGCCGUGCCAACCCCAGCCUCAGUAUUAUAAUAAAGUGCUGACCGUUCCUCCUCCAGGAAACUUUUCUGCUGUUCUUGUGUUUACAUUGUAAUAAAGACGACGAUG